GUUGGGUUGCCGCGCACUCAAGUUUGCUGCCGCGCCCGACAGUGUUCACAUGCGUCUUCCGGUCGAAUACAAGCAUUCAAAUGGAGACGCAGAGUGGAGUAUAUUGGAGCUCCAAGGAGAAUUGAUCGCAGACACCAAGGCGUCAUUGAAGCUAGGCCACCUCCAGUACCAAAAGGGCGUGCCGACGUUGCUCAUUGGGACCCAUUUGCUGGAAGGAAAAGUCCUAAAGUUGUCCAAGCCCAUGGCCAUCAUGCGGAAGAAACCACACGCCGACCAUGCCGACAUUGGUAGCGGGGAUGACACGAACGGAGUCGCAUCCAGCAACACUUCCACGGGCUACAUUGUGGUGGGCAUUGCACGCAAAAAACUCGUGUUCAACACACGGCCCAAGCCCGUGGUCGAUCAAAGCCACAGCGUGAAUUAAUCAUUUCAAUCUACUUUUUCCAGUCAGUGAGGUUGCAACUGAUAUCCCAAAGGCGCUUGGCGGCCCUGUCGUUCUUGAGCGCGGGGGCGGGCUCCACGACUUCGCAUCGCUCGACAUACUCGCCGCCCUUAAGCGCGGGGCUGAUGGCGGCAAACACCGGCGAGUGCGCACCAGCUUCG